AUGAUCAUGUCCACAUCAAUCAGCGGCCUCAUCUUCUCGACCUUCUCCGGGCAGCCCUUGUCCAUCCUCGGAGCGACCGGCCCGUUCCUGGCAUACAGCCUGGUUGUCUAUGAUCUGGCCAUCGCGGUCGACGUGGAGUUCAUGGUAUUCUACUUCUGGGUCUGCAUGUGGUGCUCCCUCUUCACCAUCCUGGUGGCAGUCUUCGACCUGUGCGCGCUGAUGAAGCACGUCACCAUGUUCUCCGAAGAUAUCUUCGCUGGCCUGAUCAGCUUGAUCUUCAUCAUCGAUGGGGCGAGGCCACUCAUCGAGAAUUUCACGGAAAGCCGCAUGCCUCUCGUGAGCGCCAUGUUCGAAAUGUUGCUUUUCCUCUAUACUUUCGGACUUGCUACAUGGCUGUCGCAAUUCCGGCGCAAGCCCUGGUCCUUGCGUUUCGUCCGCAACUUCCUGGCCAACUUCGCCGUGACCAUCGCCUUGGUGACGGCAUCAGCUCUUGCCGCCAUUUACUCGGAGGAAACCAACCUCAGGAUGUUGCAGGUGGAUGCAGACUUCUCCCCAAAUCUCGUUCUCUCCGACGGAAGCAAGCGGCCUUGGAUCGUCAAUCCGGCGGGCAUCGACCGGCCCUUCCCGGCCUGGGGCAUUGCAUAUGCGAUCCUGCCG